ACGCUAGUAACCUAGUGGCUUGGCGGAAAGAUGGACGGAGGUGCGAUGUUGCCCGCAGGUCGUGCACGAGUAGGCACCGAACACUGAACUUCACCUUUUGGGAAAGGCUAGACGUGCUUUCACUCUUCGCGACGACUGCUUCUUUGGGCUGCUCAAAGGCGCACUGAAACCCAGGGACGACCGGCGCCACCAGCUCUUAUUCGAACUCACAUCGUCUUCCCGUUGCGACAUCGACACCACAACCGCAUCAAUCAUGGCGGAUCUAUCCAUCGAUGAGGCGAACAAGAUUCGUCUGUCUAUGGGUCUUUCCGCUCUUCCCGGUGGAAGUACCCCCGCAGCGCCCGCAUCGUCAUCAGGUCUCGAUUUCAAGGCAGCGCAAAAUGGCGACGAUUCGGACGAAGAGCCUGCGAGCACUAUCGAGACGCGUGAGGCUGCCGCUUCGGAUAAUUGGAAAAAGCUAGAAGAGGAGAGACUGGCUAAGAUAAGACGCGAGGAGCGCGCCGCCGCCAUCAAGAAGGAGCGCGAAAAGGCGGCGCGCUUUGCGAAACUCGAGGGCAAGGGGCUAGCAGACGAAGCUGAUGUCGACGACGACUUGGCAUGGUUGAAGAGCAGCAAGAAGCGCCAGAAGAAGAUCGCCAAGGAAGAACAGAUGCGUAAGGAGCUUGAAGAGCGCGAGCGCCAGGCACUCGAGGCCAUGCAGUACACCGAUAAAGACCUUGCGGGUGUCAAAGUCGGACACGAGGUCGAUCAGUUCGACGAUGAGGACCAGAUUCUUGUCCUCAAAGACACCGCAGUCGAUGGAGAAGAAGAUGACGAGCUAGAAGCGGUUUCGCUGAGAGAAAAGGAGCGACUACAAGAGCGACUCGAUUCGAAAAAGCGGAAGCGCGCAUACGAUCCCAACGACAUGGAUGAAUCAGGUCAAAAGUCGAUACUGGCACAAUACGACGAGGAGAUCGAGGGCAAGAAGGGCAAGGCUUUCACACUGGACGGCAAGGGCCGAACUGUUGAAGACGUACAAGCAGAGGUUGCGGGUGCCUCAAAGCCAAAGAAGGUUGCUAUCAGUCUAGACAUACUCAAAGAAGAUGCGCCUACCAACGACUACAUGGAUAUUUCAGAAGUCAAGAUGAAGAAGCCCAAGAAGAAGAAGAGCAAGAAGUCCAAGAGAGAACGCGUCGAAGACGAAGACGAACUAGCAGCUAUGGCCACGGAAGAACCUGCAGCUGACGACGACAUGGAUCUUGACGGCGGUGAAAUCUCAGCACCACAGCAGAAGAAGAAGAAGAAGGUCUUUGACGAGUCUUUCGUGGAUGACGAUGACCUUCAAGCAAAUCUCGCAGCACAGCGGCAGAAAGCCCUCAAGAAGCGCAAGAAGAUGCGACCGGAAGACCUUGCACGGCAAAUGCGCGAGGAAGCAUCUACACCUCAGCCAGACGUUAUGGAGUCUACUGAAGACGGCGACGGUGCCCUUGUCAUCGACGAAACGACCGAGUUCGUACAAAACCUGGGUGCCGCUGGAGACGCCGACGAAGAGGAGGCCCGCCGGAAGCGUAGGAAGCCAAGCCACAUUUCGGAGGGCACCAAGUCUAUGGGUGAUAUCCCCGUUGCUGAUGAGGACGGCGAUAUCGACAUGGGACAAUCAUACGCCGAAGCAGCCGAAGCGGAAGAGGCCCGCAACCGCAGCGUUUCUCGCGCUAGGUCCACUGAGAUUACUGAGACGGGUCUUGAGGCUGAGAAGACUGUCGAUCAAGGUCUGGGUGCCACACUUGCCCUGCUCAAGCAACGAGGCCUAGUCACACAGACCGACGCCGGAGACAAGAACGCCAUGUACCGUGACCGCCAGAAGUUCCUUGCCGAUAAGCUCAAGGCCGAAGCCGAUGCAGAACGCCAACGUAAGAUUGCUCGUGAACGCGAACGAGGCUCCGCCCGCUGGAACAACAUGACCCCCCGUGAACGUGAAGAGUGGGCACGCAAGAACAACACAAGCGCCGACAUGGUUGAGAGCCGCCGUCUUGCUGAGCUCUUUAACAAGGAGUACACACCCAAUAUCGAGCUGAAAUAUGUCGAUGAACACGGCCGACAUAUGAACCAGAAAGAAGCGUUCAAGCAGCUCAGUCACCAGUUCCACGGCAAAGGCAGUGGAAACACGAAGACGAAGAAGCAACUUGAUAAAAUUGCUGCUGAAAACAAGAGGAUGGCUGAAAGUUCGCUCGAAGCUAGCCGGAGUGGAGGUGGUGGAUUGGGCAAUGCUUUCGAUGACCAGGCGAAGAAGAAGGGGUAUAUUCGUCGCCAACAUCGCGAACGGCUAUCAGCAGCUAAUGCAAGGUUCCCCAAGAUGUGUCGCGGACAUGAAAGAACGUCCUCGAUCGGCAGUGAUGAUGGUAUGCUACCCCUUAGAUGUGCGAUUUACUGACAUUAGGACACUAAUUGACCCGAUCUUGUCGUUGAUAUAUUACAAUUCGUCCUCAUCUGAGGGUAUCGCACGUAUCGGCACCUUCAAAAGGAAGAAGUGUCUAAACAUAAGAUGUAACUCAUCAUGAUCUUUUGACUUAUGGGCACUA